GCCAGGAGUAGCCCAACCACUGGCAUCAUUAAAAGUAUGUCGGACUUCCCUGGUGGCGCAGUGGUUAAGAAUCCGCCAGGCAAUGCAGGGGACAGGGGUUUAAGCCCUGGUCCGGGAAGAUCCCACAUGCGCAGAGCAACUAAGCCCGUGCGCCACAACUACUGAGCCUGCGCUCUAGAGCCCGUGCUCCGCAACAAAGGAAGCCACCACCCCAAGGAGAAGCCCACACACCGCAACGAAGAGUAGCCCCUGCUCGCCACAGUUAGAGAAAGCCCGCUCGCAGCAACGAAGACCCAACGCAGCCAAAAAUAAAAUUUAAAAAAAAGUAUGUAUGUCGGAUAUUUGGGGAAAAUAAAGACGCGCACCCCAGUGACUGACAGUGAGGAUUGAUCUUUGGAUUAUUUCAGCAUGAGCUUCCUGUUACCCAAGCUGAGUAGCAAAAAAGAAGUGGACCAGGCGAUAAAAAGUACUGCAGAGAAGGUGCUGGUUCUCAGGUUCGGGAGAGACGAGGAUCCUGUCUGUCUGCAACUAGAUGAUAUUCUUUCUAAGACCUCUUCUGACUUAAGUAAAAUGGCUGCUAUAUAUCUGGUAGACGUGGACCAAACCCCAGUUUAUACACACUAUUUUGACAUCAGUUAUAUUCCAUCUACUGUGUUUUUCUUCAAUGGGCAGCAUAUGAAAGUGGAUUAUGGGUGCUUCCUGCCCAAGCCUUCUCUGACAAGUGUGGCAUCGAAGGAAGGCUGCUGGGCACCUUUGUGGCCUUCAUUGAUAAAGGAGAGAGCCACUCCAGGAAGGAGACAACAGAACCCUUUCACCACCACCUCCGUCUUCUCCUGGCCCCCACUUCCUGCUUUCAUGGUGAUCGUGCUGCAUGGAACUGCAGCAGCUGUCUUAGGAGCACAAGGCAACCAGCACUGGGCUGAAAAAUGAACACGCUGAGAAGAACGGUGAAAAGAGCCUGGGUCCCUGAGAACGAUACUGAGCUACUGAGUGCACUCCAGACAUGCCUCCCUUAAGACUUCUAUGAAAGAAUAAAAUGUCUUCGCUGCCUGUCA